AUGGGCGGAGCAAGGGGGUUUGUGGGGCUUCAGCCCUUAAUGUUUUCUUACAAGCCCCGAAUCUUUCAGGGUUUCUUCACAUUUGAUGAAGACUGCUACAAGAAAUAUGGCAAAACAUGGGGCAUUUUCGAUGGUCGUCAGCCUGUGCUGUGUAUCACAGACCCCGCCAUGGUCAAAACUGUUCUGGUCAAGGAGUGUUACUCUCUCUUCACCAACCGCAGAAACCUCUACCUAAAUGGACCCCUGUAUGACGCCGUGUCCAUCGCUGAGGACGAUCAGUGGAGGAGGAUCCGCAGCGUCCUCUCUCCUUCCUUCACAUCAGGGAGGCUGAAAGAGAUGUUUGACAUAAUGAAACGCCACUCUGCUAACCUGAUCAGCAAUAUGAAAAAGAAAGCCGACAAAAAUGAGCCCUUGGAGCUGAAAGAGUUCUUUGGACCUUACAGUAUGGACGUAGUGACCAGCACAGCCUUCAGUGUAGACAUCGACUCACUCAACAACCCCUCAGACCCGUUUGUCAGUAACAUCAAGAAGAUGCUGAAGUUUGACCUGUUAAACCCACUCUUCCUCCUUGUUGCUUUCUUCCCCUUUAUGGGUCCAGUAUUGCAGAAGUUUGAGUUUUCCUUCUUCCCUGCAUCUGUCACUGACUUCUUUUAUGCUGCGCUGCAAAAGUUAAAGACAGAGCGGGAGACCAACAAGAAGAAGGCUCGAGUGGAUUUCCUUCAGCUGAUGAUUGACUCUCAGAAGGAGAAUGACCCCAGUGGAGCAGUUCAUGAAAAAGGUUUAAGCGACCAUGAGAUCCUCUCUCAAGCAAUGAUCUUCCUCUUUGCUGGUUAUGAAACAAGCAGCAGCUCUCUCACUUUCUUGGCUUACAACCUGGCAAGAAACCCCGAUGUUAUGAAGAAGCUACAGAAGGAGAUCGACACCACCUUCCCCAACAAGGCUCCUGUAGAGUACCAGGCUCUCAUGCAGAUGGAGUAUCUAGAAUCCGCUAUCAACGAGUCUCUCCGAUUGUACCCCAUUGCUGCACGUCUGGAGCGUGUUGCUCAGGCCUCCAUGGAGAUUAAUGGCCUUGUGAUACCAAAGGGGAUGGUUGUCAUGGUACCCACAUGGCCCAUGCACCGGGACCCUGAUGUGUGGCCUGAACCAGAGGAGUUUAAACCAGAAAGGUUCAGCAAGGAGAACAAAGACAAAAUUGAUCCUUACAUAUACAUGCCUUUCGGGGCCGGGCCAAGAAACUGUAUCGGGAUGCGUUUUGCUCUGGUGAUGAUGAGACUAGCAAUAGUGGAGAUCCUCCAGAGGUACAGCUUCGCUGUGUGUAAGGAGACUGAGAUCCCCUUUGAGAUGGAUGUCAUGGGCCUGCUGGCUCCAAAAUGGCCCAUCAAACUCAAGCUGGUGCCACGGUCUGAGACUGCAGGCUAA